GACUUAGAAUUAGGGUUUUAAUUCUAAAUCCCCGACUGAUCCUUCGUUUCCACCUCCGUCUCUCCUUUCCCGUCGGCCGGUGAUAAAUUCGCAACCCAAAUCCCUAAUGGCGUCGGAGAAGAAGCUAUCGAACCCAAUGAGGGACAUUAAAGUGCAGAAGCUGGUUCUCAACAUCUCCGUUGGUGAGAGUGGAGAUCGUCUCACCAGAGCUUCCAAGGUUUUGGAACAAUUGAGUGGUCAGACUCCUGUUUUCUCCAAAGCUAGAUACACUGUUCGUUCUUUUGGUACCAGACGUAACGAGAAGAUCGCAUGCUAUGUUACUGUCAGAGGUGAGAAGGCAAUGCAACUACUUGAAAGUGGAUUGAAAGUCAAGGAAUACGAACUUCUCAGAAGAAACUUCAGUGACACUGGUUGCUUCGGUUUUGGUAUUCAAGAACACAUUGAUUUGGGUAUCAAGUACGAUCCAUCAACUGGAAUCUACGGUAUGGACUUCUAUGUAGUCCUUGAACGUCCUGGUUACCGUGUGGCACGUCGCAGAAGAUGCAAGGCUCGUGUUGGUAUCCAACACAGAGUAACUAAAGACGAUGCAAUGAAAUGGUUCCAAGUGAAAUACGAAGGAGUCAUUCUCAACAAGUCCCAGAACAUCACUGGCUAAAAAAGUCCUCGAAACUCUUCCUUCUAUUUUAGAAAACACUUGUCUCAGUUUUGUUUACCUCUAAAUCUUAUGUGUUAAAAUUUACCUAUCUACAAAAUUACAGUUAAUGAAACCAAAAAUCGAAAUUUAAUCCUUGAAGUACAUGCA